GAGAUGCGUUAUUGUUAGGUUUGCAUUUAUUAGAACAAAUAUCAUCAGUGUUAGAGUUGUUUUGAUUUCAUACGGAGAGUAACGGAAGUAGUUUUUGUAUUCCUUAUAUUAAAAAACCUGCAGUAACGGACUCUUGGCCGAACUGGUGGUCUCAAAGAACAAAACUUGCCAUGAGAUUUCAUGUUGUAUGAAAAACUGUUAGCUUUCAUGCUGUGCAACAAAUCUUAUUUCUGAAUUGAAUUCUUCCUAAAGGAAUCUAAUACCACCUGAUUUUACAAAGCAAUUUAAAAUCCUUUUUAAAUUGCUUUGGUAACACUCCUGUGGAAUAAGAAAAGUGCUCUCCGAUAUACAUGUAUAUCCUUAAAAUGUUGGCGACUAAACGACUUAGAAAUACAUGUGACGUAUACGCACUGUAAGGGGUGCGAGGGCGUUCGAGCGAUGAUUCCCGUCCCUAGAGAUAUAUCAAAUUAUAUAGCUCUAUGUCCUCGCGCUAAAGUAAAAAAAAAGGGACAGACUGCAAAACUACAGACAAGCAAAUGAAUUAGGUAAAACUGGGCCGUGACCAGAGGGCCGUGACUAUGCAAAUGCAACUUGACUGAGAGCAACUUGAGCGCAUGUGCCAUGAAAAAUGCGACAAUACUAUGUUCAACAGUGAAAAGCAUACCAUGGAAACAAGUCAAGAACUGUGCACAAGCAUAAACGCACAAGAACCUAAAUGUACUCCGAUGAAGACACCAGCAGUGACGAGGAGAGGACACUGGACGUGAACUCUCGCAGCGUUGAAGAGUUUAUCAAUCAAUUCCUACAAAACAAACGGGGAACAUGCCUCGAUACGUGAACAGACGCUAUGUGGAACACAAUGGAACAAGUACAGGUCCGAGGGAAGAGUCCCACCGAAUGGAGAAUGGCAGAGACCGUGCUAAUGAACACGGCAAACUGAAUGGGAUAGGCUAUAUGUACGCAAGAAUUUUGUCGCGUUUCUGGUACAUUAUUUGUUUGCUAGUCUUCAUGACAGUCGGAGCAUUCGCCGCCGUCAGUUUGACCUUGUUUGACCUGCCGGACGUAACAAACCCCUCCAAGGGAUUCGUGGCUCGUGGGACAGUCAUCUCUGCGCGGCUAGCUGGUCUCAUAAACCUGUUGGAGGACCGUGAGAACAUGUUAACCGGUUUCAACGUAGAAGAAGCUUUGACGAUGACAACGGCAACCCCAUCCUUUAAUAAUACCAACCUACCCUUUUGCAGCUCCAUAGGGUACUGGGAUGCUUUUGUGCUUACCUUGGUCUUUGAAGGAGUGGACGGAAGAAAUAUGCUCACACUGGAGGCUAUCAAGUCUGUGUGCGAAGCCGAGAAAAGAUUUGUUACGUCUCACCCUCUUUAUCAAGACUACUGCCUUUGCCGUGGUAACGAAACCGACAACAAAUGCCCCCUAACCUGGUCCAUUGGCAACUACGUGGCACUGCUGUCGAACAAGACAUCCUGCGAGGACAUCAACGAAAGCGACGUUGACCGCACCGUGGACUUACUGGUAUUCUGUGCGCCUUUUUUCAAAGGUGUGUCACCAUCGGAUCUGGAAGACUCGAUGCUUUCCCAAUCUGUACCAGAGGAGUGUAACGAACAUAUUCACACCAUACUGUACUACCUUCUCCCAGCAGACUUUAGCCGCGAUAUUUUGGAGAACAAGAUACCCCUGGAGUCUUCACUUACUGCCUCGUUUUUACCUCUCUCUGGAGUGGAAAAGAGUGUCUUAAAGGCCAUCUACAAGGAGAAUAUCUUAUCUCUGCCAGAUACGGACGGAGUCACACGUCUGACAGCAGUAGACGCCUUCAUACAGAUAUAUCUCUUUCCUGAUUUUCUUUUGAGAGAUACCUUGAUAGUGGCUCUGGCAUCGGUGGUGGUAUUCCUUUUAAUUUGGGUGUACACCGGGUCUCUUCUGGUGACUGUAGCAGCUUUCCUGAACAUCGUUUUCUCUCUAGUUUUGGCAUACUUUUUCUACACUGCAGUAUUUCUCAGGCCUUUCUUUCCCUUUAGCAAUAUCGUCGCAAUGGUCCUGUUAAUUGGCGUCGGAGCAGAUGACACGUUUGUGUUCGUGGACUUGUGGAAGCGGCGCAAAUCGGAGCUCAGUUGCCGGAAUUUAACCGAUCUCGUUCUCGAGACCUUACGCCACGCUGCGCUCACAAUGUUCGUCACUAGCUUCACCACAGCAGCCGCACUGUACGCUUCGGUCAUGAGCGAUAUUACAGUUGUAAGAUGUUUUGCUGUUUUUGCAGGGACAGCCAUAGUUAUGAAUUUGGCACUGACCCUGACGCUGCUCCCAGCAAUAAUUGUUAUGCACGAGAAGGUAUCACGUUGUUGCGGCCUUUCUUAUUGGUGGUCGCAAGUGUUUCGGUGCAAAUUUAAUAAAAUCAAAAGUCUUAAUAAACCUUUCGAGAGGUUAAACAAGGAUUUAGUACCUUUUUUAGUUCUAAAGCUGAGGUAUCUAUUUAUCGUUGUGUUCCUGUUGUUGAUGACAGGGGCUGGUUUAGUGGUGUUUUACUCCCCACGACUCAAUGUCCCUUCUAGAUCUGACGAGCAAUUUUUCAUCGAUUCAGAUUACCUGGAACAGUACGAUAUCUUCUACAAAGAUCAGUUUUCUUUCAACCACCAACUGCAAUUGCCAGAUUUUGUGGGUUGCGUUGUUUGGGGUGUUCAGGCUGUGGACAACGGAGACUGGUGGGAUCCGGAUGAUAGGGGUAGGCUGGUCUUGGAUGAGGGUUUUCAACUUGUGAGUUCGGAGCAACAGACGUGGUUGCUGGAUUUCUGCCGAGACCUCCGCAACCAGACUUUUUUCAAGUCGUCAGAUUUUCCUCUUGGAUGCUUCCUGGAGGAUUUCAUCACCCUCAUGCAACAGCCGUGCGUUAAUCCAUUCACGGGUGAAGAUGCUUCCCCAUGUUGUAACCAACGAGACUUUCCGUUAGAUCCUACACUCUUCAGCACUUGCGUCGCUAAAUUUGCAAACUUGGGAUUCCUUCCUGGUGUAUUUUUUAACAGAAACACCUCAAAGGUAGCUGCAGUGAAAAUAGCUUUCCCAACCACCUUUCCGAGAAGCUACGUCCAGGCGUCAAAUGAAGAAAUAUGGCAAACUGUGAACGCAUGGGUUGAGGGGCAAUUGAAGUCAGCACCAGAUUCCUUUCAGCGGGGUUGGUUUGUUCCUGAUAUUUCAUUAGGCCUGAAUAGCUCGGAAUUCUUGUUCUUUGACUUGCAACAAAGUCUGGCAUCGGGGACUGUCUCAUCCAUGUUGGUGACGCUGGCAAUGGCUUCCGUGGUUCUUUGUCUCACUAUUCGUAACAUCUGGCUGGCCGUAUGGGCAAUGCUGACCAUUGCAAGUGCUGUGUUUGUAACUGUUGCAAGCCUGGUUCUUCUGGGAUGGAACCUGGGAGUAGUGGAGGCGACCAUAAUAACCUUGGCCGUCGGUCUGUCUGUAGACUACACCAUUCACUACGGCACAGCAUAUAAGCUCUCGCCGAGCACAGAUCGCAGGCAGCGGUCACGGAAUUCGUUGGUAACCAUGACGCCAGCGAUCACCAUGGCCGCCCUAACAACUUUUCUCGCUGGCUCCCUAGCCCUGUUUUCGAGGGUCCUGAUCUUUUACCAGUUCAGUGUAUUCCUCAUGCUGGUGAUGGUUAUCAGUUGGAGCCACGGGACGUUCUUCUUCGAAUCUCUUUGCACGGUAUUCGGUCCUGAGGGAUCAUGCGGCAAUUUGCCAAGUCUUACAUCUUGUUGCAAGUGCGGUGAACGGAACACCUCUGAAUCAAUGACGACGAAUGGUUCUCUGCCUUCUAAGGUCAAAAAUGCAAAAGUCGAGUUGGAUGCAUACUCUCGCGCAACUCCUGAGUAUCCAAGGUCGGGAGAACAUAUUUACACCAUAAGUAGCCUAUAAGGUUUUCGUGCUACAGAAUGUUCAAAUGGUGUCCCACUUUACAUGAACAGUGACACUUUCAAUUCUUAAUACCAUAGGAAUGGUCCCAUUUCUGCUCUUCGAAGUAGUCUGUUGAGAAAACGGAACUAAGAUUACGGACUGAAUCCAGACACAAUGAAGUCACUUCAUGCUGCUGUUUACGACGAGUAAUGUUUUGUUUGAUAAAUAUUAGAAAAAGUAUAAACGAUUAUUAUAUUACAUUUAAAUUAAAUGUUGAUAAAUGUUAUUAGACAUAAUAAUUAUAUUUUGUAAGAAUUGAUACUAAUUGUCACCUGUAGAUUUAAUUAAGGAAAUGUAGAAAAUUGACCAUGAAACAAUUAGUAUAAUUAUUUAAAUGAAAUUCAGUUUAUGUAUUAACUCAAUUAUAAUUUUAUUGACAAUUCAGUGGUGUGCAUCUUACAAUUUACUUGUUUUAUUCUUGAUUAUGUUUAAAUUUCAUUAAACUCCAAUAAUUGGCCGUUAAUUUAUUUGAUCAUUAAGAAUUUUCUCUCUGGUGAAAUUCAAGACUUCCUUAAUUUUGAUACUUUAUUAACGCAGGAAUUACAGUUAGUUUUCUUUUUCAGCGUAACUCGUUUUCAGUAGUGGUGCCGAAAAUUGGUAGAAAAACCGUUUAUUAAUCAGACGUUAUGUUUCUUCUUAUAAGUUACAAGGGCACUUAUGCAUUGUAUCAAGAGGUAAUGUGUACAUUUGUAUAAUUUUGGUAUGAGUAUGGAGCAUCUUUGGGUUCACAGUACAACAUUAUUUUUGCAGUAAAUUUACCAUUUUCUUAGGUCUUGACCUUUUCUCAAUUUUGGACUUAAGAAUCUUAAGUGUUUUACUGUAAUUGAACAAAACUUUAAAACACACAUCUUGAUUGGCCGGUAUGAUUUGUUUCUGGAAUCAUGAAAUUGACACUGAA